AUGAUAUACCUACUCAGAUCUCCGAUAAGGAAGCUUCCCUUUGCAAGUAUUUCCAAGUCGGUAGUACGACAAACGUCUACAAGAACUCAUGCACAUCUUGUGAAAUUCCCAGUUUCCCGAACAUCAAUUUUUGUGGGUGUAUCAACAGGAUUAGUAGGAUCAUAUUAUUUAUAUCAACAACUGAUCAGUAAUGAUGUACAUGCAUUGGAUACAACUAUCCAUCGUUUAAAGCCAGCAGAAGAUUCUGAAACAUUUGAACUCGGAUUAUAUAAAUCUUCACAAGAAGAGGAACAAAAUCAGUAUAAAGAGUUUAGACAACAAAAAAAGAAUCAUCCAAAUGUGAUAAUCCGAUGGCUUUAUUAUUUACGUUUUACAUUAGAGGAUUAUGUUAUAGACCCAAUGAUCACUUUUACAAGAUUUGUGGAGUUGUCAUGUAUAUUUAUCCCUGUAUUAUUAGCGUCACCUAUAUGUUGGUUUGGACGGAAACACAGGUCGGAAGAUGGAAAUCUAGUUCGAACAGGAGCAACAUUAUGGUAUAGAUAUUUAAGAUGGAGUGCUGAAGUUGCUGGUGCAUCAUUUAUUAAAUUGGGUCAAUGGGCAGCAUCAAGGACAGAUAUUUUUCCAUCAGAAAUGUGUACUGAGUUGGGAAGAUUACAUUCAAAUGCAAAAGCACAUUCUUUGGAAGUAACUAAAAAGAUUGUGUCAAGCAGUUUUGGUAACUUACCAUUUGAUGAAAUUUUCGAUGAGUUUCAGGCAAAACCAUUGGGUGUUGGUGCCAUUGCACAAGUUUACUUAGGUAAAUUAUCACCAAAGGUUUUGCAACGAGCUAAAGAAGAUGAAGGACGUGUAGAACGGAUAUUGGAGGAACACAAACUGUCCAAAGGUGAAUUAUUCUUUGAAAAUUUGGUGGUUACUGAACAUUUAAAUUCAAACGAGUAUGUGGCAAUUAAAGUCUUGCAUCCGAAUGUUGAAAUUAAAAUUAACCGAGAUUUGAAAAUUAUGAAUUUUUUCGCCAAUUUUAUCAAUAUUAUUCCCACGAUGGAAUGGCUAUCGCUACCAGAUGAGGUGGAACAAUUUGCAAUAUUGAUGAGAUUACAAUUGGAUCUUCGUAUAGAAGCAUUGAACUUGGCUAAAUUUAGAGAGAAUUUUAAGAGCCGAUUGGAUAUCCAUUUCCCCAAACCCUAUUUGAAUUUCACUACUAGGGAUGUUCUUGUUGAAGAGUAUAUUCAUGCUAUUCCGAUGAGUAAAUUGUUAUCUUUGGCGGACAAUUAUGGGAAGAACUUAUCCAAAGAAGUCAGUGAUAAAGGGUUGGAUGCAUUUCUUAAGAUGUUAAUUUUGGAUAAUUUUGUGCAUGCCGAUUUACAUCCCGGUAAUAUGAUGGUAAGAUUUUACAAGAAUGAAAUGUAUCGACACAAAAAGGAAUACAAGAUUGUCAAGAGUUCCAACGAGGCAGAAACUAACCGAAUCACCAAUGAAUUGUUAAAGUUGGGAAACGAUGCCAACGCUUGGUGUGUUCGAUUGGCGGAGUUAUAUGAAGAAGGCUAUCAUGCAGAGAUUUGUUUCUUGGAUGUGGGGCUAGUAACUGAAUUGAAUGCUAAAGACCGUGUUGAUUUCAUCGAUUUAUUUAAGGCAUUGUCUGAAUUUGAUGGAUAUAAAGCCGGUGAGUUGAUGGUUGAACGAUCUAGAACUCCCGAAACAGCUUUAAAUAAAGAGAUUUUUGCCCUUAAAGUUGAGAAAUUGGUUGAUAGAAUGAAGCAAAGAACAUUUACAUUGGGAAAUAUCAGUAUUGGCGAUUUAUUAGAUCAAGUCCUUGGUAUGGUUAGAAACCAUCAUGUCAGAAUGGAAGGAGAUUUUGUUACCGUGGUAGUGGCAAUUUUGCUACUAGAAGGUAUAGGAAGACAAUUGGAUCCUAACUUAGAUUUAUUUGCAAGGUUUGUAUACGCAUUAAUAUUUGGCUUCCCUACUGAAGAAUUGGAUUUCUUAAGCAUGUUUUUAAUUCAGUAG